UGCCGGGCUUUAAAAUAUCUUUCUCCCCUUGCGAAAAAGAAUAAUCCGUAUUUUCUAUAUACACGUAAUACUUCCAGACAGUCGAAUCUCGUCGGCCUCUGGAAACUAUAUACAGUAUGCAAAAUAUAUCUAUCGUCGAGUAAAAAGUGCCGCGUCGCGUGAUGUUCUAGUCUAUAUACUCGAGUUUACGUAUACCUAAUAGAUGUGAGCACGUGUUGGCGCACGUGAGAAAAGCCGAGAGAUAGUUUUAUUUUCGUUUCUGGCGCGCACUCUUUGGUCGCUUUUUGGGUCGUCGGCCAGCGAGAAACGAUCCAAGAAGCUUUGUAUUUUAAUUAGGUUUUCGACGAUGUGACGUGCGUUUGUGAGAGAUAGAGAGAUGCUCGAUUUCGAGGGAAUAGCCGAUGGGUCAAGGUGGCGCGUUGCUUUUGCAGUUCAAAGUUUGAUAUUGCAAAAUUAUAUCGCUUUGACACGAAUAUAAGCUAGAUUGGUGCAACGACUUGGCCUCGCUUUUUGAAUAUUUUCUUUUUCUUUGCGCAGCUGUCGCUGUUGACUUUGCUGAUAUAAGGAUAAAUUUAAAAGCUUUUGCUGAAUCGUUAUGUUGGACGUUGAAUUUCGCGGAGCUAUUUUUGGAGUGUGACUGUUUUCUUUGGAGGAAUGGAAUUUCGUCAUCGUUUGGAUUUUUUGCACACUUUGGACAAAAAUUUACAGUCGAUUCCAAUGAACAUAUUUAACAAUUAUAUUAAAAAAAAAAAAAAGAACGUCGAUAUACGGUUGAUAUUCCACGUGCUCUAAAUAAAUAAUGAACAAUCAACAAAAGCCGCUUUCUCAGAACUCGUUCACGCGGAUUACGAAUCGCGAUACAUUCCAAACAUUAUUGAGCAGUUGGUCGUAUCUGUGUAAAUAAAAUAGAGGCGCUUAUUACGUCGGUGAUUGCGUUCACCAAAAAAGUUAUAAACACGUGGGAAGGAAAGGACCGUAAUUUUUUGCGUCGAAGCUACUUUUUAUACAAGCACCACUUUUUCAAGGCAAUAACGUCAUUAUAUACGCUCAUAUAAAAAACAAUUAAAAAACGGAUCGACGAGUCGAUCACUCUAUCGGUGAUUACACUCCAUAAUGUACACAAAUAAUCAAGUCUACGUAUACAUCAUAAGACGCGGCAUAUCCUCCCACAUACCCCCAAGAUUUACCAAAGUAGAUAGCCGGAGAUCAAUAUUUACCUCGUGCGCGCGCGCGCUUCGCUAACUUCUAUUGUAACGAUGUCUAUCAGAUCGUCUACAGUCCACUCCGCGAUUAGAUAAAAAAUAAAUCGCCUGUGCACGGAUUACUCGUAUAAAUUAAUCGCAAGCCAUCACCCGCCUACCGAUGUAUCAUAAGUAUAGCGCGGCUCUAAAUUAGAAAAUUAGCCAAACCAAUCCAAUCUCACUAUACAUACUCUCUGCGUGUAUAAGCACAGCCGGCGCUUUUCAAUUGAUUUUUGACGCGAGCUACACGCGGACACGUCAGCUGCUUACACAUUACCGGCCGUGACGCAGGCUUGCGUCAUUCGCAACGGAGCUGUAAUUUCGCGGAAAAAGAUCUCACUCUCGAAACUUUUUUCUCGGGCGGCGGUUUUUCACCGGUUAUCGAUCGAUCGCGAGCUCUAUGCGUAACCUCUAAUUCGAUCUCUUCUCUAUACUUAUCUUCCAUCGUCGCAUCACAGCACGGGUGUAUCUAUAAGGUGUAUAUAUAGGAAAUUCUUCGAAAGGACUUUUCCGUUGGGAUGUGUAUGUCGUUUAUAGACGGCUGCAGCAAAUUAAUGCCGUCCUCGGCGUUUUCCAGCGAGAUGUAUGCGCCGCUAUGAAUUUUUCAGCUCCAAUUCGAGCGACGAGCGAUCGUUGGAAUUUGUACACUAUGACCUUGCCCGCGUUUAAUAUCCGGUUUCCCCCCCCCCCUCCCCCCGGAGGGAGGCAUGCGCGAGCCGUUUAAACACACAAUGCCAUCCGAUAAUACUAACUAACUAUAUACUUACACACUGUUAUUGCUUGUUUCGCGACGACUGCCUUACUUAUAUACCGCAUAGAUACCUAUUUAUCGCACACCGGCGGCUACAUAACCCUGCACGGCCUGUAGCUAUUCUCGAGAGAGGCGGUAAGUCUAAGUGUCAAAAAAGAAAGGGACAAAAAAAUCGCAACAAUAGCCUCAAGACUCAAGAGUAGUACUAUAGUAGUCGGCGGCGAGAGGGGUCGAAAUACACGGCGGCGCCGUCGACGACGGCAGCACUAGUAGUAUACUUAAGUAUAUAGCGAGCGAGAGGGACGGAGAUAGAGAAGGAACUCUCGGGCGGGCGUCUGCUGCGCGCUGCAACGAACGCAACCUAUAGACAGAGCUCUAUAGUCUAUAUAUAUAUGUAUAGUCGAGAGAGCCUGCUUAGAGCGGAGUCGACGAGCCCCGCGCAGUGGACGGCGAGAAGCCUCAGCUGAUGAUCUGGCAUGGAGCAUAAUAACCCGACGACGACAUCGUCAUCAUCCUCAGCAGUGUUUCCGACGUCGAGCGAGACGUCCGAGCCUGAGCUGAAGGAAACGGGCAGCUGUAGCAUAGCCAUCAAUAACGGCGACAACGGCUCCUCAUCGGAAAAGCAAAUACCAAAGCUCGAUGGGCUUGACUUCAUGAACAUAGAAAAAAUGUCAAGAAAACGAAUCAGAGAAGAAACAAUCAUGGAUACAUUACCAAAUCAUCUUCAUAACGGAGAAGAAGAUAAUUCUUAUGCACGGGAAGAAUCACCAGUAUUUCCUUCCAUAUGUAAGGAAGCUCCAUUCAGUGACGAACCUGAUGCGAUCUUGGAAGCACAGUCGUGUGACUACAAUACGAAAAUAACACUAAAAAUGGCAAAAUCUGGCAAAGCUCCUCGGCGCGUUCGGGUUUACGCGGAUGGCAUCUAUGAUCUAUUCCAUCAAGGUCAUGCCAGACAGCUAAUGCAGGCAAAAAACAUUUUUCCCAACGUAUAUCUCAUUGUUGGCGUUUGCAACGAUGAGUUAACGCAUAACAAAAAAGGCCGAACAGUUAUGACAGACUUCGAACGAUACGAUGCUGUAAGGCAUUGUCGCUACGUCGACGAAGUGGUACGCGACGCGCCGUGGGAAUUGGAUGAUGAAUUCAUUGAGAAACACAAAAUUGAUUUCGUCGCUCACGACGACAUCCCGUAUAUGGGCGACGAUGGUGUGGAUGACCUUUACGCCAAAUUGAAAGAAAAAGGAAUGUUCGUCGCGACGCAACGAACUGAGGGAGUGUCGACGUCCGACAUCGUCGCCAGGAUUGUCAAGGAUUACGACAUCUACGUGAGGCGAAAUCUCGCGAGAGGCUACAGUGCAAAGGAGUUGAAUGUUUCGUUUCUUAACGAAAAGAAAUUCCGACUACAAAAUAAGUUCGAUGACUUGAAGGAUAAAGGCAAGAAAGUGAUGGAAAACUUCGGUGAGAAACGAACCGAUAUGAUAAGUAAGUGGGAGGAAAAGUCGAGGGAUUUUAUCGACGCCUUCCUCCUUCUAUUUGGUCGAGAUGGACGACUGUCGACGAUAUGGAACGAAGGCAAGGGUCGCUUAAUGCAAGCCCUCUCGCCUCCCGCCAGCCCGACGCGGGACGGCAGCCCCAACAGCAGCAACAGCAGCCAUGACGACGAAGACAACACAAGUCCUCCACCAAAAAAGGCCGGGCGCUUCGAAUUCUCUCACGGUAAUCAUUAUCUCAGCGAUGAUUACAGCGACGACGAUGAAAUUCAGCAGCGUUCCAAGUGAUUCUCGGGCCGCCUGAUUAUCCGUCUUUCAAAUUUAUUCAACUCCGACCAAAUGUACCCUGUCUUAUCCUCAUUUUUUAUUUAAGAUACUCGCUGCAGAUUCCAUAGCUUCGCUGUUAUAAGAGAUCAAAGAUCUAGCAAAAUGUCAUCCCCGUUCGUCGAUGUACUGUGUAGAUGAAUUUAGGUAAUUCGCAGUAGAGCUGCGCUUAGUUUGCGGGGAUGAGCAAACGAAUCUUUCGAAAUACGUUACGAAUGCGAUACCAAACUUGCAUCCAUUGAUAAUCAAAUGAAAAAUUUUCAAAAGUUUCGACUUCUGGCGUUUACUAUAACUAAUACGAUAAAAGAGAAAUUAUCGCCAAUGAAAUAAGCGAUAAGCUGUGCUGCACAUUGCACUAUUACAGUAACUUAAGUGAACGUAUGAAUACAAAUCUUAAUUAUUAUUUUUAGAUAGAUUGUUACCCUGUAUGCCGAGCAUAAAUACCCGCGUUAUUAUGUCUCUUGAACUAGAAGCGAGAAUGAAAGAACGAGCGCGAGAUAGCAGAGAGCAAGAGUUAGCGUGCGACAGAUGAUAAUUCAUUUUUUUCAAGUGAAUAACACACAAAACUCGCAAUUUUAUAGUUCGUUGUGAUUUUGAGACUAUUUCAUUCACUAUUUUAUAUAUAAUAUAAAAAAAAAUCUUUUAUAGGAUGGUUCCCGGAGUAGGAAGUAGACUAUUAACGAUAACAACAAUAAAGAAACAACAACAAACAACAAUAAGAUUUAAUAAAAUUAGAUAACGUAUUUCGUAUUACUAGUAAGAAAAAGAAGGAUGAGCAGGAAUAAAGUAAAGGAAAGCGUGAGUGCAUGGACUGCACGCAACGCAAAAUUACGAAAAUCAUUGGUCAAAGCUACAUACAUGAAUGUCUGUACGAAAGGCGCAUGGACGCACUACGUGCGCCAAUAGUGUAAUGAGUGUUGAUGUGUCACGAGAAAAAGAGGGAGAGAGAAAGAUUGCCGAAAAACUUCGUUAUUUUUUAAAUUUAUAAUUAAACUUAUAGAUUAAUGAUGAUGUGCGAGAAGAGCAAUGAAGGUGGAGAAAUAAUCGAUUGAAUCUCUUUUUUGAUUAUUGUUGAUGCGAGCGCGUAUAUAUUGCGAGAUACAGCAUAAAAAAAGACUAUUUAUUGCAAAGAAAAAAAAAACAGAUGAAUCUAAAUGCUGUGUUAUACGAUAGAAUAGUCGUGACAACUGUUUCCAUAAUGUAAAUCUUCUGUAGAUUAUCGAUAUGCAACGGCCACUGUUACUUGUGUAUAGAAAACCAACCGACAAUAGUAUAUAAUAUACUCUUAGCGGCUCCUGAUUAAAAAAAAAAACAUUUACUUUUUGAUUUAUGUUUUUUCCUUGUCACUUUUGUAUGCAUUUUCGAAUGAAAUGAAAAGGUUUCCAAGCAAUAACAAGCCUAAAAAAUCAAAGUAUUCUUUUUACGCGAACCGAAGCAUAAUAUACUAAGUAGUUCAUAAGUAGUAGUCAACGAUCAUUGUAUCAGAGACUUUUUAGACUUUUUUUGGUCAGGAGCUACAAGUCGUUAUAGUAUAUAUGAAUAAAGUGGCGAAUCACACGCUGUCGACAAGCUGGUGCUACGUUGUAAUAAAUGUACUGCGAACACGAGCUUGAAAAAUCGAUUGUACAGAUAUAUUUGAAGAGAAACGUGAUUUGCGGAUACAUUUAUUGUCGGAUGAAGAAGAAGAAAGUCUGCGCGGCGCAUUUUUUUAGACCACUUUUUUUACAUGAGAAUACAACGCUUUUUAGAGAAAAGUGACGCGAGCCGCCUCAGAUGAAAUACACACAUUUGGUGAGAGAAAAAAUACUGAACGAAAAAAGGUUAGGCGUUACAUAAAAAAAAAGGUGUGAAACGAAUAGAUGAGUAUUACGAGAAAGCGAUUAUGAGUGCGUUGUUUAUGCCUUAGGAAGCUUCGAGGAUAAUUACCCUCUCAAUUUUUCUAGUAGAGAUCAAAUUUGCACCGUGAA